AUGAAUAUACAAAUACGAUCGGUACCGGUUGAGCCGGUGACCUCAGGUGAGGCAGUAUACUGCUUUUCGAAACCCAUAGAGAUACCAAUUUCUAAAAAGUGCCAGACUUGUGCUCAAAAUAUAUCACCAUCGCCAGCUUUAUUAUCAAUGCUUUAUACGAAAAGACACUCAUCAUACAGCCAAUCGUUGAGAAACAACAGUACAUCUUCAGCAUUACAAUCUCUUCGCUUUCCCUCACGUUCGGAGCUUGACGUGUCCACGUCUCCAUCUAGCGGAAAUUCAAGUGCCAACACAUCAAACAUAUUUGAUGACUCAGGAUCCUUUGUCAGCAUCAAUACAGAGUCGUCAUCUUUACAUACAGACUUGAGUUCAAGUUGCUUGUCGAUGAGGGAAGCCAUUCCAAAGGGGUGCGAUCCGCUAAGUGUAGCAGCAUAUAACGAGUCUCUUCUCGCCAAGAGAAUACCAGCAACAAAUGGUUGCAGUAAAUGCUACCAACAGAAAAAGCGUCCAAGCCACAAGAAGUCUUUGCUACAACUUGUGCACAAGUGGAGCUCCGAGGCUCUUUCUGGGCUUGCCAGCGGGUUCUGGCAGAGCGAAAUCCAGAAGAGUGAAAGGUCCGAAAAUGGUCAGGAGACAAACAUGAGAGGUGUGGAAGCUGAAAAAGGAUACCAGUCGGAUUCAUUGCAUGGAAAAGCACUUGAUGUGCAAUUACAGACAUACCGCACAGUUUACAGUGCAAUUCCAAGAGAGGAAGGCAUUGCUGUCUCAGGGAACCGGAUUGCCAGCCGGCUGAUCGGAAAUUCAACACUUGGUGCCAAGGGCAGAGAGCCACGCAUCAAUUCUGAGUUUUUGAAGUUUUACGCACUCGACUACUCGUGCCGGGUUCAGGAUUAUCUUCGUAUUUCGGAUCAGGAGCUGGAUCUCUAUGAUAGGGAGUACGAGGAGAGCGGAUGCUCGUGCAUAGACGAGUUCCUGGAUCGUUACAUCAUCUGCAAUGAUGACUCGGACGACAGUUUUGACUCUGUUAGCAGCGUUGACGUUGCAAAGUUCAGAAACUGCCUAAAGCUCUCAUUGCUGUCUAGACACAAGCUCUGGAAUAAUGUGAUUUUACCACCAAGAGAGGACCUGCCUAACUGUAUACGUGGCCGGUAUGUUCACGAAACACAUCCGUCAGUAAAUGGUGCAGGGUUGGUUCGCACGGGGGGUAAAUACAUGCCAUGGCUCAACAUAACGGAUUUUGGUUCUUCUGCACGUAAAUCGAUUCCACCAUGCGGCAAAAUGGCUGAUGGCACUCAGUUCACAGUUAAGGGCUGGUGCAAUGAGAGGUGGUGCUCGCACUAA